CCCAAAUUGCUAGCCAUGAUGCUGGAUCGGAGGCUCCCCUGGCUCUGGGCCUUGAUCCUGGGGCUUGUGGCCACAGCACCAUCCCCUGACCUGCAGUCCCAAAUCCCACCCAUCACAGAUCCCAAGUUUAUCGAGGAUUGUGUCAAAACCCACAAUGAGUUGCGGUCCCAGGUCUCGCCAGCUUCUGGAAACAUGAGAUAUAUGACUUGGGAUGAGGCUUUAGCAAAGACUGCCAGAGGAUGGGCAAGGAAAUGUGUUUUCCAACAUAAUAUCCAUAUAGGCAAGAAACAUGCAUGCCAUCCUGUUUUUAAAAAUGUAGGAGAAAAUCUAUGGAUGGGCACACUAUCCAACCAUGUUCCCCAAAGCGCUAUUAAUGCUUGGUACAAUGAAACCAAAUAUUAUGAUUUAGGCUCCAAUUCAUGUACAAAAGUCUGUGGCCAUUACACUCAGGUUGUUUGGGCCACUACCUAUAAAGUUGGCUGUGCUCUUAAACUGUGUCCUAAUUUAGGAAAACGUAUUGCAAUAUUCUUAUGUAAUUAUGCACCUCCAGGGAACAUGGUUGGAAGGAGACCUUAUUUGAAAGAAACAGCAUGCGGUGCUUGUGAGGAAGGAGAUAUUUGUGAAAAUGAACUAUGCAAAAAUACAGUCCGUGAUAAGAUCUUAAGUUACCCUUAUUGGAAUCCAAGUUGGGAAGUUCCUCGUCGGUUUUCAUGUAAUCCAUACUGUCAAUUCUAUCUGCCAAUUAGAUUAAUAGGAAUGGUCUUAGCAGUUCUAGGUGUUUUUAUAGUACAAAUCAAAUAUCCAAGCCUGCAUUUAAUGCAUUAG